AUGGGAGCCACCGCAGAAGCGCAAGAUUGCCACAGGCAUGCCGAGCUGAAGAGAAAACUGUAUUCAGCGAUGCAAGAAAGCGACGAAGGAGAGUUAUCGAUUGCAAUUCCGAAGGAGGUGGCUCUCAGGCCCUCAGGACAUUCAUCACACCCACUGGUUCGAGAAGUCUCUACUCCUGAACCGCAGACCCCGGGGCAAGCAACUCAGUCGGAUCCAGAGUUUUCGCCCAUUGUCGUCAAUAUCGCCUAUUCACUUCGUAAUCCUGUGGACGGCUUCGAAUUUGUGGUGCCAAAUGAUGCGUACCCAUACCGUGUUCCCCAUGCCUUUACAUCACCCUCCUCCCCUGACUCUGCACGGUGCUGGGUGCCCUGUGUCGACAAUUUAUGGGAGAAAUGCACGUGGGAGUUCGAAUUUGUUGUUCCGAGGUAUUUGGAGGAGCGGGUAGACAAUGACGACGAUGAGGAGCCGGUAGACCUCACCCCAACUAUCGUAAUUUGUAGCGGGGAGCUUGUCGAGCAGGUCGCCCACCCCUACAAUUCGAACAAAACCAUCUUUAUCUUUUCACAGGCAAUACUUACCUCCGUGCAGCAUAUUGCGUUCGCGGCUGGGCCGUUCCACUUGUUCCAGAUCCCACCUGACAGUACCAUAGAAGACUCUGCUGGUUCGUCACAACCCGCCAUGUACGCAUUCUGCCUCCCUGGGCUCGAAUCCCAGCUCGCUACCUCUACGGCAUUUCUCCGCUCCGCUAUGACUUUCUACACCAGCGAGUACGGGUCGUACCCGUUUGGCUCUUUCAAGUUGGUCUUUGUGGACGAAUUGCCGACCCAACGGUUCGACAGUGCGACAUUAUCCCUGAUCACAUCAGAUCUCCUUCACGGUGACGACGCCAUUGACCAGGCACUGGAGACUCGACAUACUCUGUCGCAUGCUUUAGCGUGCCAGUGGGCGGGAGUCAACAUCAUCCCGAAGACCUGGUCAGAUACAUGGCUAAUCAAUGGACUUUCACUCUACAUCAACGGCCUGUUCCUCAGGAAGCUUUUUGGCAACAACGACUAUCGCUUCAAGCUAAAAAAGGAUAUGCAACGGGUUCUGGAGUGGGACGUUGGUGUCAUGCCUCCGAUCUGCCAACCUCAGAUCAAUGAUCCUCCCGAUCCAUCCACUCUGCCAUUCGUCAAUCUCAAAUCCCCUCUGGUCCUACACAUUCUCGAUCGCAAGCUGGGCAAAUCCGGAACCGCCCUCGGUCUGAGCCGUGUUCUACCAAAGGUGUUUCUUUCGGCAAUUAGUGGGGAGCUGCAGAACAACGCCCUCUCGACACACGCAUUUCUCAGGACAUGUCGUAAGGUUAGCGGCGUUGACCUGCGCAGCUUUGCGGAGCAGUGGAUAUACGGAAGUGGUUGUCCGUCAUUUGGAUUCUCUGCCUCUUUCAACCGAAAGAAGAUGGCGGUAGAAAUCACCAUGCGCCAGGAGGCCCCAGCGUUCAAGGCGUUAGAACAUAAUGAGAUUGGCAAAGCUCUCCUAAAGCCCGUUCCCUUCUUCGAGGGACAAAUGACGAUUCGCAUUCACGAGGCAGAUGGCACCCCCUACGAGCACGUCUUGGACAUCAGAAACCCUUUCAAGCGUUACGAAGUGCCUUUUAACACGAAGUAUAAGCGUGUUCGAAGGAACACCAAGCGAUACUUGGCGCGUCAGGCUGCCGCCCAAGCUGCUGCUGAAGGAGACGCAGAAGCCGCGGAGGCAAUGGGAAUGAUAGAUAUGGGAUUUGGCCUCGAGAUUUGGGAGAAGGAGCAAGAGCGGGAGAAUUGGAAGGUUGCGGACUGGACAGAAGAGGACGAAGCGACGAUGAGCGGUGCGACAUACGAAUGGAUUCGGAUCGACGCCGACUUUGAGUGGAUUGCGAAUAUGAAGUUCGAGCAGCCGGACUUUAUGUGGGUUUCGCAGCUUCAGCGCGAUCGAGACGUCGUUGCUCAAUUAGAGGCGAUAUAUGCCCUUGCCGAGAAGCCAACAGCGAUUGUGUCCAGCACCUUGACGAAGACGGUCCUCGUCAGCAACUACUACUACAGAGUGCGCUGUGAGGCCGCGCUUGCACUGGUAUCGUGUGCCAUUCGCCGCCUGGACUUCUUAGGGUUAUUCCACCUGUUCAAACUCUUCCUGAGGUAUUGCUACGACCCUGAAGAUCCUAAUCAAGAUCUAUUCACCCACAAAUAUGUGCCGAAACCCAACAACUUCUCCGAUUUUCCAGAGUACUUCGUCCGAAAGACCUUGAUCACUGCUAUUUCGCAAGUUCGAUUUGAAAAUGGGAACACUCCAUCCGUCGUUCGUCAGUUCUUGAUUGACCAGUUGCGUUAUAACGACAACACGUCGAACCCUUAUACCGAUGGCUAUUACAUUUGCACUAUCAUCGCGGCCGCGGCCUGCGCAAUCAUCUCCAUGGCUCCUCCCGAGCGCGGGGAGUUAAUGCCUUCGGAUACGAGCACUGAGCUUAAUGCGGAAGACUUGGAACUCAUCAAACAAACUCGAAUUGAGGUGGACCGCUAUCGUAGCAUGGAUCGGCUUAUCCCCUCGCCCCAUAACAUCGUCACCAUCGCGGCCCUUGAGUUCUACAUGGCCCUUGGCGUUGCAAACCUAAUUCCCAGCCACCCCAAAGUCUUUUUCCCGUUGACACGAGAGGGCAAUUACACCCAAGUUCGGAUCGCUGCAUUUGAUGGACUGUUCAUGACGAAGUGGUAUGCACCACAAAUCAUGAACCUGGCUUUGUUGGCGCAGAUGGGAGAGAUGAAGUCAGCCAUCAAGGAGUCGGAAAGCCUUCUCAUAGAAGAAGAUGGCAACGGUCAGGAGAGGAUGAAGGAGUCCAAGCGCAGUGAAUUGGAUGUUAUGUUGAAGAUUCUCCGCAAAGACAGGGAGUUGGGGAAAAAUGAAGUCGUCCGCGAAUUCUUGCUGCCUGUGGCACUCUUGCCCGAAAUCGACCAUGAAGUUCGCUGGUGCUUGCUCAAGCUCGCCGACUUGCUCAUUCGCCCAGUAGAGGAGACACCGCCGACGGUCAAGAUUCAUAUCCCGAGCACACCCGUCAUUGAGACGCCACCUCAAAUACCGACCAUUAAGCCGCCUAGGAUUAUCAAGUCGGGUGGCCCCCCUCCGAAACAUCCUUUGAACCUUGUCAACGCACCGACCAGGCUGAAGCUCCCUGGGGCUCCAACUGUUGCAUUACCCAAAGGUCCCCCUACCGCCCUUGUCCCCGAACCACCCAAGCGGAAUGUUGCCUUCGUCCCUCCCCCGACUACACCAGUUGCCACGACGUCGAAGCAGAAGCCCCCGAAACCUGCGAAACCUGUAUCCACCAAGCCAGUGUCGGUUCCCAAGGCACAGUCCGCUGGGAUGUCUAUACAGGACUACAAGGCGUGCAAGAGUGCUUUGAAGAAGUUGAAGGCCAACAAGCAUGCCUUACUGUUCCUUCAGCCCGUUGACCCCAUCCGCGACCAUGCCCCCAAUUACUUUGACAUCAUCAAAGAACCUAUGGAUCUUAGUACCAUGGGUGCUAAACUUGAGGAAGGGUUGUACAAGGACCGGUUCGCUUUCCAGCAGGACUUCCGCUUGAUGAUUGCCAACGCAAAGCUUUACAACAUGGUGGGUAGCUUCGUACACAACGAGGCUAUCACAUUAGAGACAUUUUUCGAGAAGCAAUGGUCAAUCAUCAACAAAACUUUAGAGGCUGCUGACCGGACCCACAAUGCGCCGAAAUCCGUCGUCCCUUCCUCGAAGGUCACCCCAAGUGCACUUCCAGCCAAACCCACACCUCGCAUUCUACCACCUGUCCCCGCAUUCCGCAAAUCACCUUCCCCCGCCCGUCCCGAGCCUCCUCAGGUUUCCAAACCACCCCGUCCUGAACCAAAGGAGGCAAAGCCUACACCAGGUCCAUCGACAGCGCCGAGACCGACAAUUAAGCUCAAAAUGGGCUCGCAAAGCAAGGCAGGACCUCCAACCCCGUCUCCCGCGCCCGCGCCUCCUGUUGUUCCUCCAGUGAAGGUCCGGAAGCCUAAACCCAUUGAACGUGCACCUUCACCCGUACCCAUCGACGGACCCCCACCCCCAUAUGUUGACGACGGAUCACAUGACAUUCUUCAAGAAGUUCUGGCUAUCGAACGGGAGAAGGAUGAACAGCGCCGUUCACGAGAGUCCAGGGAAAGGGAGAGAGAUAGAGAUAGGGAUAGAGAUAGAGACAGGGAGCGAGAUCGCGAUCGUGACCGUGACCGCGUGCGCGGGAGUGGUGUUAAUGGUGUUUCGAUGAAGCGCAAGAAGGACAUUGUCGAUGAAGACGACCUUCUGGCUUUGGUCACCAAGAAGAAGGAACGGAUAUCCCCUCCCGGAUCCACUUCCGCGGGAUCGUCCAAGUCGGAGCCCUUGGCUCCAGCACCGCCCAAGGUGCAUCUUCCUGCCCCCAAACCUGUACCCGCUGCAGCAACUCCGGCGCGGUCCUCUGGAACAAAUUCUGGGCGGGCAACUCCGGUGGUGCCACCUCCACAGCCGAAACCGAAGAAAGACAAACUUGACUCGGUUCCUCUUCGUAUCUCGCUCAACAAGGGCAAGGAGAAAGAGGUCACUCCCGCAUUGACUUCACCCGCUCCGUCACAAUCCAAAAGCAAGAAGGGAUCCGUUAUCCAAGCUACCCCUGUCAACGAGAAGAAGGUCAAGGAGCUUCUCAAGACGCUCACCAGGAUCCCAGAAGCUGCUAUUUUUCUGCGACCCGUCGAUCCCGUCCUCGAUGGAUGUCCUACAUACCUGGAUGAAAUUGCACAUCCGAUGGACUUUGGGACGAUGAACACAAAGCUUCAGCAAGGGCUCUAUAUGUCAAUGGAAGAUGUGAAGAAAGACAUCGAACUUAUCUUUGCCAACUGUCGACAAUUCAACCCUGUUGGAACGUUCCCGGUUGAUUGUGCAGAUAUCGUUGAGAGGGCAUUCAAGAAGGAAUGGCCCAAGGCAAUGGAGCGCAAGUUGAGUUGGGCCGAGAAGCGUGGUCUCCAAGCGAUCAUGUCGACGAUCGUCAAAGAACCUGUAUCUUGGGUGUUCCGUGAGCCUGUGGACCCGGUCCUACUCGGUAUUCCCACCUACUUCGACGUCAUCCCUCGCAAAGACGCGCGCGACUUGCGGACCAUCCGUUCGAAGCUCGACAGCGACAAGUACGACACGGUAGAGGCUUGGGAAGCGGACAUUGACCUAAUGAUUGCCAAUGCCAUCAAGUUCAAUGGUGCGGAUUCGGAGGUCGGGAUCGUGGCGAAACAGCUUCGUCACCGUGUGAAUGAACUCGUUUCCAAUUGGAAAUCGAGUAUGGCGAAGAAGAGGAAGGACGGAGAGCAAAGCAACUCCCAGCCUUCCAAGAAAGUCAAGAUUUAA